GUGUAUGUAAUUACUUACAAAUGUACAGUGCAUGACAUUUCUUAGGAAACGGAGCGUUUUCAUUACAACAAAGAGUUAUAAAGCAUACACUAUACACGGUAAAAUCUAUCGAUUUAUUAAAAUCAACCAUUUCGGGGAUUUCCAGUAUCUUGUAGAAGAAAUGUUGUAUUAGUGAAAACUCUCUGUAACGAUCAAUAAUAAGUUUGUGAAAGAGAAGAAAGCAAGUGUUGACCGAUCGAGAUACGGAAAAGUAUCGAAUCGAGCUUGUUAAAAUGGAAUCGGAAGAAAACGAAAUGCAUAUAAAACAAGCAACGAUAUUACGCAGCAGCGAUAAAAAUGCAGCAAUUGACUACGAUGAAGAUAGACUGCACGAGAUGACAGCAUCGUAUUCAGAAAUAUCGUUCGAUUCGCAAUCGUCUCCACCAGUUUCGGAAUUAAGAUCGCUCAUCGAUUCCCCGGAUAUCGAUGGAACAAAAUUCUUGGAAGAUAGUUUGGAAAAGAUGAACGUAGUUGGUAGCAGACCGGAUCAGUUAAAUUUAAGAAAUCGAGAAAGUAGCCCGAUCGAAGACGAGGAUGUAGAUCCUCCAAGUUAUCAUAAAGCUAUGGGAUAUUUACAGUUGGAAGGGACAGUAAUGCAAGAUGGGGACAUGGUGCUAUUUGUUGCAGAAGAUUUAGAGAAUAAGAUUAAACUUUCCAGUCCAGUGACAAAAAAAGGAGAGACCCCAUCCUUUCCAGGUUCUCGUAGUUCCACUCCUUGCUUAUAUAGGCAGGCUUUGACGCCUCAGGUGCCUCUUCUAGACCAUAAUGUAUUGAAUGAAUUGGAAAUGGAAGCAAGAAAAGUGGCCACUUCUGUGGAUGCAUUGACAGAAAAUUUGGCUGCCAUUUUACAUAGUGCAUCUGCAUUGACAGUCGGGUGCUUAGAAACGUAUAGGGAUGCUGUUUGCAAAACGUGCGACGCGGUGGAUCACAAUAUCAAAUCGAUGUAUCAGUUAAUGGCCAAAUGCGAGGAAUUAUCGAAAUCAAUGGGACCUGUGUAUAAGCUAGCUGAUCAAAUCAAAGAAAUGAAAAGAAUGUUGGAGUUAUUUGAAAGUGCAAUGAAUCUAUAAGGUACAGUUAAUUUUUUUCAAUUACCCACACGCUAUCGUCGUCGUCGUUUAAGUGUAUGUAAUACAUUUAAAAGUAAACAAUAUCAAAGGGUCGUGAAAAGUUAUAUUUUUUGCUUUUGAGAGCAAGUUAACGUAUUUAAAAUUGAUUUGUUAAAGUUAAAGUGUGUAGAACCGAAUAGCUUAAAAUCUAUCGCAUCGAAAAAUAUGUAUGACACGUUAAAAGAAUUAAUAAAGAAUUCGAUGGUUUCAAAAAGAAA